UUCGGGGCGAGCGUUGGGCUCCGCCGCGCAGCGCUGGGUGCUCGGUCCGCCUCAGCCGUGGGGAGCGAGCCAGGCCUCCCGCCGCCGCCGCCACCGCCUCGGGCUGGUGCAGCCCCGGGCCAGGCCCCAGCCGGGGCAGGAGCGCAGCCACAUGUUGCCGUUUGAUUGCUCACCAGUCCCGUUUGCCUCUCUACAGACAAGAGUUAGUGUGACUCUUUAGGCUUUGGGAUUUAUCCAUGCACGUUUUUUUUUCUUUUCUAAUACAGUUCAGUUAUCUUCCAUGGCUUCAUAUUGAGAUUGUACACUAUCUUUAGAUGAGAGUUUUCCCAGCUUUCAGCUGAAAUUGAACACAAGUGUCCAAAAGGAAUACUGGAAUUAUUGAAAGUGGGAUUUUGGCCUUCACUGGAAUAAAGUUAGUCAAGUUAUAUUGACUUGUUACAUCUCCCCAUAUUCCUGGAAAGGAUUUAGGUGGCAGUAUGUAUGGAGACUCCUUCACAGCCAGGCCUAGUGAGAGAGUUGCUGUAGUGAGUGCUCACUUUAUUAUCCUCCAGGCACCCUCCCCCAGGCACUAUGCCUUCUGUCCAUUGCAGUUUCUCACGGCAGGGUCACCCAGUGUCACUAACACCAACGGGACAUGAUUCUUUAUUUUACCUUGCUGCAGAGUCUAAAGUGAUUGCUCCUUUUAUGCAUAUUUUUUUCUGAUUUUAAAAGUACUACAUGUUCAUUGUGAGAAAUCUUGAAAAAAGACUUGUAAUCUCUAUCCUGAAAACUUUUUCCUCAUUGAAUUGUUUCUGUGACAACUGGUGUCUUCCUUUCCUCUUGUUUCUCUAGAUCAGAUCUGAAUCAGUUGGCCUGUGGCUAUUUCUGUCUUGCAGGCACUCAAGCCCAGCAUCUCUUAAACUGAACAGCUCUGCCUCUCCUAAAUAUGCUCAGCCGAUACCUUUGUGAUACCUCACUGGGAGGUACCACUCUUCAUGCAGUGCUAGAGCCAUAAGAUAAGGACCAAUCCUUGACUCCUCUCUUAGUCUCUAUUUUAUUCAGUAGUUAGAAUCUUAUUACUCCAUUUACUUGCCAUCUCUCCACUCCUAGCGCCUUAAUUCAGACUCUCUUUAUUUUUCCACCUGAGUUUCCCCAAAGCAUCAUCUACUUUUGAACCUCUGAGGACUUCAAAGCUUAACUUACAAAAUCAGGGCAUCUGUGACCGGUUCCUACACCCCAAGUCUGAGUGUGGUGCUGGUGGUCCUCUCUCCCCACUUCAUCCACACUUCUUCCCUCUGUCUUCUCCCACGCUCCCAUGGACUCACAGCACCCUGUACUAUGCUUAGGACAGGUAUUUCAUUCUGCUAUAAUUGCCUGUUUACUUUUAUGUCUCCUUAAGGGCAACUAUGUUUUAUUCAUAGUUGCAUCAGUAGUAUCCAGCCUGGAGUGGUUAGUAAACUUACGAUAAAUGGGUAGAAGGAAAUUCACAUUUUUAGGAUAAAGGUUAGUAGGAAAAAAAUGUGAGGCUGUUAUGUUAGUUUUGCAGUCCUGGCUGCCUAAAAAAAAUCUUAAUGAUAUGGUUGGACUUCCCUACCUGGUCUAGUGGUCAUGGUUCUGUGAAUAAGUCUUCCAAUGUGAAGUAUGCUAGGGUAAAGCUGAUAGGUUGGCUGGAGUGGGCUCCAGCACCUUGCGUUGCACUGACAGAAGGUAGGCUUUCCUGUAGCUAACAACAGUGUAGCAGAGAUGAUAGGACAGUUGUGCUAGGGAUGCACAGGAGGGCAUAAGUUAGUGUCUUGGUGAUUGGAUGUGUGCGUCAGGGAGAAGGAAUCUAAGUGACUCAGUUUCUGGCUUGAUGGAUUAGGUGCUUGAGGCUAUCAACUAGUAUUGUUGAUUUUGAAAUUCCUUUAGACAUCCAUGUAUGUCCACUAGGCAAUGGAUAUGAAGUUUGGGAGAGCAUGCCUGUGGAACGAUGGGAGAGUUAAAACUACAAGAGAUCACUUAGACAUAUAGUUUAAGUGGAGCAGUGGUUUAGAAAAAGAACCUGGAAGAACACUGAUCUUUAAGGGCUAGGGAAGAAAAGAGAGCUGGGAAGGCUGUGUCAAGGAAUCUGAGGAGUUGGAAUUGAAAAGGGGAUUAGCAAUGAAAAGGCCAUCAACUUUAUUGUGCUCUAAGGAGAGAAUAACAGGGCCUCUGUUAUGCACCUGAAGCCAUACUGGAAACUCCAGAAGAAAGAGUGCCCUCUGGAAGUCAGCAGGGAAACGCUGAGAACUCAUAUGAGCCACCAAAAGGCUAUAAGUGAUGAAAAAUGCAGAUCUAGCUACAUGAAACCAAGUGUCUUUCCUUCAGUCUCUCUUGGUAAAGCAUCAUCUCAAAAGCCUUUUGGGAUCCUUUCUCCAAAUGUUCUGUGCAGUAUGAGUGGGAAGAGUCCUGCAGAGAAUAGCUUGAAUGUUAAAACCAAAAAGAAUGCACCAUCUGCAACAAUCCACCAGGGCGAAGAAGAAGGACCACUUGAUAUCUGGGCUGUUGUGAAACCUGGAAAUACCAAGGAGAAGAUUGCAUUCUUUGCAGCCCACCAGUGUAGCAAUAGGAUAGGAUCUAUGAAAAUAAAAAGCUCCUGGGAUAUUGAUGGGAGAGCUACUAAAAGAAGGAAAAAAUCAGGGGAUCUUAAAAAAGCCAAGAUACAGUUAGAAAGGAUGAGAGAAGUCAACAGCAGGUGCUACCAACCCGAGCCUUUUGCGUGUGGCAUCGAGCACUGUUCUGUGCAUUAUGUGAGUGACAGUGGGGAUGGAGUCUAUGCUGGCAGGCCUCUGUCCGUUAUACAGAUGGUUGCCUUCCUUGAGCAAAGAGCUAGUACUCUGCUAGCUAGUUGUGCGAAAAACUGCACAAACUCCUCUGCUGUUGUGAGGUUUUCUGGCCAGUCCAGAGGAGUGCCCCCAGCCUCUGAGCACUUCUCUGCUCCAGGAGCAUGUGAAGAACCCGUAGAAAGGGGGAAUCCUGAAGUUGGUGAACCACAGAGCGAACCAGUCCGUGUCCUCGACAUGGUAGCCAGGCUGGAGUCCGAGUGCCUGAAGCGGCAGAGCCAGCGUGAGCCUGGGAGUCUCUCGAGGAAUAACAGCUUCCGUCGAAACGUGGGCAGGGUGUUGCUCGCCGAUAGCACUCAGGCUGAUGAAGGCAAAACAAAAAAAGGUGCCAUUGAGGCACCUGAUGCUCAGGUGAAUCCUGGGGGAUCUGUAUCUGUAGUCUGUGUCCCCUCAAAAACUGAUGAUUCUCCUAAAGGGGACACGGCCUGGGAUGGUGCUUCUCGGGGCUGUCUCUCAUUGCCAGCAGGUGUGAAUUUCCACAUGGACGAUGCAGAAUUAGAGCCAGGUCCACAAACUGCCAUGAAAAAUAGCAACAGGUAUGAUGUGGAAAUGACAGAUGAACUUGUUAGGUUACCUUUUUCUCACACCUGUCCCCAAGCCACUGAACUGGCCACAGAUGCUGUUGACGGUAUGAGUAGAGAGCCUGUGCCACUUACUAGCCACAAUCCUGAUCAGAGAAGAAAAGUAUCUUUGUGCAUUAGUAUCACUGUGUCCAAGGUGGAGAAAGAACAGCCUUCUAGUUUAAACUCCUGUGAAGACCCACUUCCAGGGAUGUUGUUUUUUUUGCCACCUGGUCAGCACCCAUCAGAUUGUUCCCAGCCGAAUGAAAGCACAAGAGAGUCCUCGGAGCCCAGCCGGUGCGAUGCUGCUGCUGAGGGUGACAGCGCAUCUGGAGAGAAAAGUGGUUCCGCUGAGCCGUUUGUAGCACCAGCUACUUCUGUGGAAAGUACAUUACCGGUGCUUGAGGCAUCCAGUUGGAAGAAGCCGGUGUCUCAUGAUUUUCUGGAGACCAGGUUUAAAAUCCAGCAGCUUUUGGAGCCUCAGCAGUACAUGGUUUUUCUGCCCCAUCACAUCAUGGUAAAAAUCUUCAGGUUACUUCCCACUAAAAGUUUAGUGGCUCUUAAAUGUACCUGCUGCUAUUUCAAGUUUAUUAUUGAAUACUACAAUAUUAGGCCAGCAGAUUCUCGCUGGGUUCGAGAUCCACGCUAUAGAGAGGAUCCUUGCAAGCAGUGCAAGAAAAAAUAUGUGAAAGGGGAUGUGUCCCUGUGCCGCUGGCACCCCAAGCCCUAUUGCCAGGCAUUGCCGUAUGGGCCAGGGUAUUGGAUGUGCUGCCAUCGGUCUCAGAAAGGCUUCCCUGGCUGUCAGCUGGGGCUUCACGACAAUCACUGGGUUCCUGCCUUCCACAGCUUUAAUCGGGCAAUCCAUAAGAAAGCGAAAGGGACUGAAACUGAAGAGGAAUACUAAGAGAGCCAACAAAAGGACCCAUUUUUGAAGCCACAAGACACCAUUCAAGUGAGUGUUGCCUCUCGAGAGUUAUCACUCUAGGAGAAUCUGCACUUACUCCAUCAGGACCGCCAUUGCUCAGGCAUUUUUAAAACUCUUAAUUUGUGAGCUUUACAGGAAAAUUGGUCUCAUUGUUUUAUAGUGGCAUCUCACAUCCAGGGUAGUAUCACACAGUUUGAUUUACUUGGCUGUUUUCCUAAAUCAAAUCCAUCCUCAAAGGAUGAAGACUUGCUGCCGUCAAGAACAUUCCGAAGAGUUCACUGCAGACUCUGCAGGCAGUCCUCAGAAAGAGGUUCUAGAAAUGUUUUGAGCACUGGCACCAUAUUUGAAGUAAGUGAAUAGUGUCCUAUGAAAAGAAUAGCAGGACUCUUGGAUGAAAGGUUAUUUCUUAAGAAGGAAAAGUCAGGCACCUUACCUUAGACCUUGUAUGCUCGAUCCUGUGAGAUUGAUGUUUGUGGUUGGAGAUGGAUUUCAUGCCCUGUGGUGUUUACAGUGUAUAUAAUGGUUGUGUUUUCAUAGGGCUAUGAAAGUGCACAUUAACCCCGAACGCCUUUACCUUUAAGUGAGUGCUUUGGCCCCUCUGUAAAUAACAUGAUUAAAAUCCAGUUGUACAUAAUGGACAGCUGGCUGAACAAUAUAGUCACCACAAUGCAGCUAGGAUAGUGUUGCGGCUAUAACUGAGUGUUUUUUGAUUGUCUAGUCUCAAUUUGUAUAUCCUGUAUAAACUAUGAAUGUUUCCUAAAUAAACUAUGAAUGUUUCCUGUAUAAUAUAUGAAUGUUUCUGAGAAGAAACUCUAAAUAGUUAAAGGCUAACCUGUUCAAAGGAUACCAAAUAAUGGUUUAACUGGACAACCUGAAAAUUAGCAUAGAGAACAAUCUUUCGUUAUAUUUUAGUGAUUCGCCAAGAUUGAGAGAAUAUUAUAUAGUCAGAUUAUAACAUUCUUGUCUAUUUUAUCCUUUGUCUGGUUACAAUUUUUUUUAAACUUCAAUAAAAACAUGCAUCUUAAAUGA